AGUAAAGUUUAGGGCGGGGUGAAGGAGCGCUGCAAAGACUUCCAGUAACCCCUGCUGGCGCCCUUCCACCUCCACAACCUCCAGAAGAGACUGCUGCUGCGUUUCCCGAACUGUGUUUCCACUCGCCACCCGCACCCCUAUUUCCACACAAAAGGUACCAAGAAGGAACAGCACUACGGUCCAGGAGCCCUGCCCCGGCCCCCAUACCUUAUCUCCCCCGCCCCCCCCCCAAGAAAAACCUAUUCUUAACCAUUUCCCCAGGUCCACAGGGCAUGCCCCAGGGCCAGAGUUCCCAGGACCCACACCGAGUCUGCGGUGCACGGGCGGAGUACUCGCACACAUGCGCGCCAGCCCUCGGGCCCGCCCCCUGGCGACGCGGAGCGUCCCUAACGACCAGUGCGUGCAUCCCGCGCUGGGGCCGGACAGGAAAGCGAGCACCCAAGCACCAAGAGUGGGUUCCCAUGGGCAUCCAGGACCUGCCAGUCUGAGAGACUCCCCAUUACAAGGCCGUCACGGAGGGGCCACCUGCCCCCACGCUGCCAGCGCCCAGCAUGCAGGAACCUCUAGGCACACUGGCCUUGUCGGCCCUCAACCGAUCCUCCGUCUCCACCCAGGACAAGUCCUCUACUGUAGCUCAAGCCUCGGGCACAGCCGCACAACCCCCAAGGCCCUCGAACACCCCACCCCCUAGCAAGCCCAAGGGCUGGAAUUCCAGGGCCGGUGUCAGUCGCAUGCGCAGGAUCAUCGCUGAGGAUCCUGAGUGGUCGCUGGCCAUCGUGCCCCCCCUCACCGAGCUCUGCAUUCAGCACAUUGUCAAGAACUUCCAGAACAACCCUAUCCUGAAGGAGCUGCUUCCAGAGCACAAGCAGAAGGUCCUGGACCUUUUGUCCCCCGACCUGCCGCUGGCUGUGACCGCCAACCUGAUUCACGAUGAGAGCUACUGGCGCCGCUGCUGCACGCAGCGCUGGCCCGUGUGCCACGUGGCCAAGCAUGGCGGCAGCUGGAAGCACAUGUUCUUUGAGCGGCACCUGGAGAACCUGCUAAAGCACUUCAUCCCAAACACCACGGACCCCGCGGUGAUCCUCGACCUGCUGCCGCUCUGCAGGAACUACGUGCGCAGGCUAAGCGUAGAUCAGUUCCUUCCUCCCGUAAAGCUCCGGCCCCCACCCCGGAGCGGGGAUCCUUCCGACUCCGGCAGCGAGGCAGAGUUGGAGGAGCCUGCCACUGACCACUACCAGCUGGGAGACCUGGUGGCUGGCCUGAGCCAUCUGGAGGAGCUGGACCUGGUGUACGGGGUCAAGGACUGCGGCAUGAACUUCGAGUGGAACCUCUUCCUCUUCACUUACAGCGACUGCCACUCCCUGGCGGCCACCAUCAAGGCGUGCCACACCCUCAAGAUCUUCAGGCUGACCCGAAGCAAGGUGGAUGACGACAAGGCACGCAUCCUAAUUCGCAGCCUCCUGGAUCACCCAGCCCUUGAGGAGCUGGACCUGUCACACAACCUCAUUGGCGACCGGGGCGCGCGUGCCUCGGCCAAGCUGCUGAACCACAGCCAUUUGCGAGUGCUCAACCUGGCCAACAACCGGGUGCGCGCGCCUGGCGCCCAGUCGCUGGCUUAUGCGCUAGCACACAACACCAACCUCAUUUCCCUCAACCUGCGCCUCAACUGCAUUGAGGAUGAGGGUGGCCAGGCACUUGCUCACGCCUUGCAGACCAACAGGUGCCUCACAACCCUGCACCUCGGUGGCAAUGAGCUGUCUGAGCCCACCGCCACACUCCUCUCCCAGGUGCUGGCUAUCAACACCACACUCACCAGCAUCAACCUGUCCUGCAACCACAUCGGGCUGGAUGGUGGGAAGCAGCUCCUGGAAGGCAUGUCAGACAACAGGACCCUCCUGGAGUUUGACUUGCGCCUGUCAGAUGUAGCCCAGGAGAGCGAGUACCUCAUUGGCCAGGCUGUCUCUGCCAACCGGGAGGCAGCCCGCUGGCAGACCUCGAAUCCCAGCCACUUCAUGUUAGCAGUCUCUGCCAAGGACUCUGAGAACUCUGCAGGAUAAGAUGGGGACGGGGAUGGGGAUAGUGCCUGGACUCCCAUCCCUCGUUUCCCGCCUCUGUCUUGCCUGCUGGAGAGUGUCACACUGGUCUAGAGGGAGGAGGAAGGAGGAGACCAUGGAUAGCCUUAGGGUGAGUGAUCCAGGGUCAUCUGGAUAAAGAUGUGAGGAAGGGGAGGGGUCUGGGAUAGGGGGAGAGAAGGGGCAUGAAGUGGGGCCCAUCCCCUAUGCCCAGGAAGAGGAUAUCACCAGACGCUCUGAAAUGACCGUCUUCUUCCAGGAUUAGGGAAGACAGAGGAUUCUGAAGGCCAGCCCAGACUUUUCCCUGGAGGCCACCCAUCUCCGUGACCCCUCCCCUGACCAUUUUCCUUUCUACUGAACAGAUCCUUGACUUCUUGACCUUCAGAAGUGUGCAAGUGUGCAUGCGCACGGCCACACACACACACACACACACACACACACACACACACACUGUCAGUCUCUCUCCUCUGGCUACCACAGCAGAGCUUUGCCUGGCUCUUCCACCCUCACCCCUGUAGAUGCUACCUCCCUAUUACUUGACCCUGGAAAGCGAUCCCAUUCUAUAGGCCAUGCCAUCCCCUAAUACUACCCCACAGACACCUGGGAAGGGGGAACCAGAGGUGACAGGAGGGGCUCAGACUCACUACCUCCCCCAGUGAGCUUCUACUAGGAUGGACCAGGGAGGCGCCACACUGGGGAGGGAAGUCCGUGAGUCAUCUGCAACUUUAUUAUCCACCAGUUUGAUUUGUACAAUCGUUGCGCUUGGAAAUCCACGACAGAAAGGCCACAGUGUGAUGCACCCGGUUGACAGAGACCUGUCUUCUCCCCAGCCAGGCCCAGCCCACCCCACAAGCCCUUGUCCCCUGCACAUAUGGAGCCUUCCAGGUGCCUUCCACGAGUCCCCAACAUUCUGGGGCUUCCCACAGGAGUCAUGUCAACCCACAGGGCCACAAGAGGACCUGAGAGAGGCUAAGCCCCCAUCUUCCAUCUCCCUCCCGCCGAGGGGCCCAGAGCCUCCAGACCCAUGGUCUUUCCAAAGGCUGAGCCACAGGCCAGGGGUGCCUGCCUUCCGGGGACUCCUUCCAACAAGCAGGCGCCAAGCAGAGCACCAUAGGGGGCUUGGGAGUGACUUCACUUGUGUGCCUGUCUGGGCAACCUAGAGUCUGUCUGUGCCUGACACCCUCUGACAGUUCUGGAGUGCAAACGUGUAGAUGUGAGGGUGUGUGUUAGUGUGGGUGUGUGUGUACAUAGCCACAGCUGCUAGCAGAGGUUCUAAUUAGAGAAACAAGAACAUUCAGUGUAAAGUUUAAUUUUAGAGAUUAAUUAAUUUUCUGGUUUUCGUUUUCCCUGGCAAUCAAUAAAGCUACCGAGAAAAUAGA